GAGCACGCCCGCUUCUGUCGCGCGUUCUAUCGCGUCGACCUGUUCUAUAACCUCUUUAGCCCUUCCGACGCGAAGUUAGAUGGCCAAGAUAAUCUUACGAAAGUAAGCGGGCGUUACUACAAUCGACCUUUGAGGACGACACCUGCUUAAUCGAACUCCCCAAGGCGAUGGGGGAUGUAAUUGAAGAAUUUUCCGAUGCUACAUUGGAAGAAAUGAACACGACUGAGCUUGCCAUGAUGAUUCCUAUCCGCGAGGAUAACUGGGAUACAAAUAAGGGCCCUUACGCAGCUUGGUAUGCCGCCCACACAUGCGUUCCGUCAGCCGGAUGGAUCAUGCUUGGCGAGCACGCCUGGUUGCGAUGGCGUGCCUAUGUAUUUUGGGACUGGGCUCACAUUCAACAGAAAGAUUUACUAAAGAUCUUCGCGACCAUAAGAGAUGAAGACUAUGAGCCUUCCCCCGAAGAUUUCGAGGAGAUGGAAGAGUCCUUCGAUCAGAGAUCACAGAUAUGGGAAGAGAGGGGUACGGGAUACUGGAGCAAAGAUGAUACCAGCCGCAUAGUCUGGCCAAGUCCAUAGCGUGAUCUUUAUUCGCAACCAGCCGGCUUCUCAUGGUUCACGUAGCAUGGCAAUGAACAUAAUUCCUGAGAAACCGUUCUUUGUUUAUGAAGUAACUUAUGACCAAGUUUAGUUCUCAACGAGCCCUCAACCACGUUUAUCAAGAAAGCCUGCAAGAAGCGUUAAUGUGAAGCGACGCCUUGAAAAGAGAACGAAAAAAAAAACAUGGCACUGCUUUGGACAAAUAGCUG